CAAACCAACAGAUUAGUACUCUACCCAAACUUCAUCAGUACCAGACCUUAAGUUCAAUUUUUUCUCCACUAAAAGUUUUAAGAAGCCAGCCAUGCAGCCUGCUGAGGUUACAGGGCUCCCUUACCUAGUUCCUUCCAGUUCAUUAUCAUCUCCCUACUCAACUCAGUUUAGCAUGAUGAGUACUACUACUCAAAGUAACCCAGCCAGUGCUUUUCCAUUCAACCGAUUUUCCGCUACUCCAUUAUACAAUAGCUACCAAUUCCCUUCCCACUUAGUUCCUCAAGAAGUUAAUAACAAUAAUAAUCCCCAGCAACCAUCUUCCUUCAGCAGUAACUCAACCUCUGACGAAGCUGAUGAGCAGCAAUUAAGUCUCAUCAACGAGAGGAAACAGAGACGAAUGAUAUCCAACAGAGAAUCUGCACGCAGAUCACGUAUGCGCAAGCAGAAGCACCUGGAUGAGCUCUGGUCACAGGUGGUUUGGCUCAGAAACGAGAACCACCAACUUGUGGAUAAGCUGAAUCAUAUGUCAGAGUCCCAUGACAGAGCUUUGCAAGAGAAUGCUCAGCUCAAAGAGGAGGUUUCUGAACUCCGCGAACUGCUGAGUGACCUGCAGCUGCAUAGUCCUAAUUCUAACUAUCAUCCAUCCUUGAGAGACCAGCUGGAGGUCGAUGUUCCCUGCAACACAGCUUAUCUGAGAGCAGAGUCCUCAAACCAGCCAAUCACAACAAGUUCGAUGGAUUUGCUAGGCUAA